CACAAACACAGUCUCCCUAUUCUUUGCCAUUUUGGAUAUUUCUAUAUAUUAUGUUUAGCUUUAUUCACCGCACUGCUCCACUCCUGAACACAAGAUCGAGUUUCAAUAUUCGACCCCUUAAUUUCAUCUUUUAUUCUCUCUCUAUGGUUCUCUUGCUUUCUUUGUAACCCCACCUCUGAUCCAUUCUUUCUUCCUCACACUUGUUUAAUUUGCACAAAUAUAUUCUACUCCGAAUAAACCACCUCAUAAUGGAGGAGUCAGGGGAAAAUUGGCCUUCCGAUUCUUAUUUAGAUGACUUCGUCAACGAUGAUUUAGGUUUUGAUGAUGAAGAAUUUGGUAGUGAAGAUGAUUCAUUUUCUGGGAUGGGCGAGACCGACAGAAAGAAGAGACAGCGAGAACUCACAGAGAGGUUCCUUGCACUUUCAGCCACCAUACCAGGCUUCAAAAAGACGGACAAGACUUCCAUCCUGGCCAAUGCUAGCAGCUAUGUGAAACAACUUCAGCAACGUGUGAGAGAGCUAGAGCAAUUGCAAGAAGUUCAAUCCAACGUUACUAGCAACGAAGGCGCCACCAGCUCUUGCGAAGUGAACUCAUCAUCCAAUGAUUAUUACUGUGGUGGAGGAGGACCAAAUGAAAUUCUUCCAGAGGUCAAAGUAAGAGUGUUACAGAAGGAGGUUCUCAUCAUAAUCCACUGUGAGAAACACAAGGGCAUCAUGCUCAAAAUCCUUUCCCAGCUUGAAAAUGUUAAUCUCUCUAUAGUCAAUAGCAGCGUCUUACGAUUUGGGAAAUCCACUCUCGACAUCACCAUUGUUGCUCAGAUGGGUGAGGGAUACAAGAUGACGGUGGAUGAACUAGUGAAGACCCUGAGAGUAGCGAUCUUGACUCAUUAGGUAGACUGUGCUAAUGUACGUACCAAGCAAGUGCAGUACUAAUUGUAAUUUUGUUUGAGAAAAAGUUUUUAAUAAACUCUCUUGUUUACUCUUUUCAGCACAUUCUUUUAUUGAGUAAAAUUCAUGAAUCUCGUAUUAAACAUGUGAGUUCGAUGUCCCAUUUGAAUUUAAGCAAUAAAAGAAUAUGUUGAAAAGAGUGUUUGAGAACUAUGUUUAUUUUCAAGAGCUCUUUCUAGUUGUGGGCCCUCACGAGGAGACUCAUGAAUUGUACAAUGAAACAAUUAGUUUUUUUUUGCUGUAUUAUUUGUUUGUAAGGUGCCACCUUGAAAUCGGGGUGAAGGUCCUAUGCUAGAUUAGAUUCGGCACA